CCGAACCUAUCGACCAAUUAUGAUCUUCGGAUUAAGAUUAUCAUAUCGAAGUAGAACAAGUUCUUUCCUGGGACAAUGGUGACCUAGAUCGGUGCGAUUUUGGGAUCGGUCGCUGCUCCACUCGGUCCCGAUCGGUCCUUUGGUGGCAGCUUCCGCUUAUGCAAUGCAAAAGUAUCGUACUAGUAUAAAUUGCAUUACAAAUUCCCCCAGCAUUACAAAUUGAAUUUGUGAUGCUGAUUCACUUUGAGGAAGAGAUUUGUAAUGCAUAAAUGCAAUUACUACGAGUACGAUACUUUUGCAGAGGAUACCGCUUCGGCCGGCGGCGGCGGAGGACCGCCGGCAUGGUGUAUCUCGACCAUCGCGUAGCCAGCCUCAGUCGUUGGUUCGCAGCGCGUAUCAAAUGCAAAAAUGUCUGGGUCUGGAAGAUUCUGAGACUUGUCAUGCACGGUUUGCAUGAGCCAUGAUGUCUGUGAUGCAUGCCCUAGCAUCACAGUUUUUUUGAGGGAUUCCUGAUGCCUAUUCCGCAUGACAAAUGCCCUCUCCGCUUGGCAAAAAUUAGACUCCUUCUGCUGCUCAUGCAACACAAAUUUUUUAGACAUCCAAAUGCAGCAUCACAAGUUGCAUUCUUCCAGACCCAGACAUUUUUGCAUUUGAUAGCGCGACACAGCGCUUUGAAAACCUCGCCGACCAGCAGAUCGACAACUGUAUGAGAGUUCACAACCCCCUCUCGUCCCCCUGCUCAUUUGUAUGGCACAAACAGCAAUACACGCGUCGGCAAGAGUGCAGGUUUUGCAUGACGAAUUCACCACGCGAGAUUGUAGUCCUGUUUGAGCAGCUUCCCGAACUUGUCAUGCAAAAAGUGCCAAGACUAGCAAAGGUUUGAUUUCAUAUUUUGCAUGACAUAUGAAGGGGGGGAGUCGGAGUAGGAGUUGUGCACCCUCAUAGACCUCCUCUGCAGCGCUGCAAAACCACCUUCAGGGCGGAACAGUCCUCCAAGAAGGUUCAUCUCCGCCUCGUGUAGGGAAGAACGGCUACCGGUCGACUUCUCCCGCACAGAAAACUACAAGCUUCCACGAAAACACUGCCACCUCCCUGCUCUGUCCGGCGGAGUACGCGGGUACGUGCGAGAACGCCGCGGAGGUCGAAAUCCAAAAAGUUACCGGUGGGGGCUCCGUGAAGCGGUGCGACGCUGUGUGCCGGGAGACGCCGGGCUGCGCCUUUUUUGCGAUUGACGGGGAUCAGGUGUGCCGGUACUAUGCCGACGGCUGUCGGAGACCCAGGACGAGAAAAAGGAAACCAAGUCAAGGUCAGCCACAGCGCCGCGAAGACGCUGGAGAUGGAGCUGCACCCGCAUCGCCGCUUGGGUAUGCCGAAAAGGCGAUCGCCCUGUACUCCAUCGCGCGGAACGAUGCGUUGUGCGUGCCGGCCGACGACGUGCCCGAAAUUCCCUCGAGGAGGCAGUGCCCGAAGGAGCACCACUACCUCCGACGGGUCGGCGCGACGCAGAACAGCGACCAGAGCGAUGAUUUUCAGAAGAAAAAGUCCGCGACUACUUCACACCAUAUCGUAGCGGUGGCAACGGCAGAGCAGGGCGUUGUGGGUCGUACUACACAGGAAAAGUUCUACACAGGAAGUACAGAAUUAUAUGCGAAUGGCUGCCUGAACAACGAAGAUGGUACUGAAAACCAAAUGAAGCCAGAGAUAGUAGAAAACGGCAAUCUAUUCUUGCUAGCGAGGUACACAGACCGGAAAUACACUCGGCAGGAAUGUCGGUACCUCUGCGCUAUCACUGCGGACUGCGGCAGCUUUCUCCUUAUCCUCAGCAAAAACGUUCCCACCCCAGAGUCAAGAUGGGGACUCUGCAACACAAACCUAGGAGUUUUGGGAGUCACGCAUAACAAGUUGCAGUCCGCAGGGUAGUGCAAGUUCGCAAGGAAAGCCGCAUGACAAAUCGAUCUGCUGAUCCUGUUUACAGCAUUACAAGUUCCCAAACACGAUUGAAAAUGCCUGUCAUUAGAUUGCGCACUACAAAUGUUCCUGUCAUGGCAAAUCUGCAUGGCGACGCUGGGGUGGGGACGUUUUUACAUAGGAUUCUCUUGAAAGGCAGCACGGGCGAGUGCCAGACGAGGGUCGAUCCUUGCGCGGGAGGUCCGCGCGGGACAACAGCGGGACAUCAAGUCGGCGCGGGACAUGAACAUACCGCAGCAACAACCUCUAGUACCGAAGACGCGCUCGCGCUGCAGGCGGCGGGCACGUCGUUUUGCGUCAAGUCUAGAAAUGCCGACGGGGAUCUGGUGGAGAUGUUUCGCCUGCAGUCGCCGCUCGAGCGGUCGAGAAGCCAGCGAGCGCGGCGGCGACGGAAAAAAAUGAGGAACAAGAAGGUGGAAAGAACGCCAACAAGUGAGGUAGCGCUCGUUGUGCACCACAACGAUAACGAAAAAAGUUAUAAUCAGCAAGAAGAUCGAAAUGCUGUUGACCUGUCCGCCGCGACCCUGCUUUACGGCACCACCGAAGCCACUACCACCACCGCGACGACGACUCGCUUAGAAACAGCCGUCGACGCUGCUGACGUAGCGGUUUUGUCCGGGAGCCACAUGGUAGCGCAGACCUUUGCGGGGAAAAUGGCCAUUGUAUCAAAUGUAAAAGUGUCUGGGUCUGUAGGAAUGCGCGAUUUGUCAUGCAGCUUUUCCAUGACCCAUGAGGUCUGGAAUGCAGGACCUAGCAUGACAGAUUCUGUGCGAUCUUUCUCAUGCCCAUCCCGCAUGAGAAACCGCCUCCCGACUUGGUCAAAACUGGACGACUUUUGGUAAUCAUGCAACACAGAUUUUUGCAUGCUUCAGAUUUAGCAUGACAAGUUGCAUUAUUCCAGACCCAGACAUUUUUACAUUUGAUACAUUGCGUACCCCAACGACAUCAGCAGCCUGCAAGAGCCCCUGGACUCCGAGUGUACCGACACCAAUGUCGGCGAUAUGGGAUUCUCAACUGUUACAUUCUCAACUGCUACACGAAUUUGUAAUGCAAGAAUAGCAACAGUCAAAGGGGGGAGGUUGCGCCUCUAGCAUUACAUACAAAUGCCGCACAGAUGAUUUCGGUGCUGUUUAGCCCUUUGCAAAUUUGUCAUGCUAAGCAGCUUGAUCGCAUCGAUUCUGAUUGUGAUUUUGCAUGACAAAUCACACAACAGUUGAGAAUGUAACACUUGAGAACGUCAUAGGCGACCUGGCCGUAUUCGAGAUCCAGCUGGAGAACGACGCGAAGGUGAGCAUCGACGCAGAGGCUCGGGCGGAAGAGGACACCGGGAAAGACGACAGCUACUGUGUCGGGUUCACCGAUCCGACCGGCGCGCAGUCUGGUUUCCGGUGGUGGGAGCUGCAAGGCUACGGGAACCCGGCCUUCAGCUCUACGGAUUGGGCCACGGUGCCGAUGACCCUGCAGACCGUCGAAGCCGGGGGCACCGUCACGCAGACCAGCAGCGAGUUCGAUUUGACAGCGGGGGUGAACCAGAUGACGCUGCGCGCCCGCGAGAAGGGCACCUGGCUCGUAUUACAAUGAAAAAUGCCCCCACCCCCGAACUUGGGAGCAUUUGUAUUGCAAACCUUCCCAAAUGAAACAUUCGCCCUCUUGCAUCUAUCAGCAUCACAGGUUUCUUAUCGUGAAUAGCAAAAAUUUGUAUUGCAAAAGACCCCAGCAGGAGCGGCGCUUGUCAUGCAAGCGAUGCGAUACACGCCUAGACUCUGCAUCAGAAAGAUUCAUACUCCUUUCAUGCAUGACAAAAAGUUUUCACUGGGAAACUUCGCAUCGCAAAUUUUUGCAAUGUCAGGGAUGGCGGGCAUUUUUCACUGUAAUAGCUCAGCAAGCUGUCGAUCGCGAGCGGCAACGCGCACUUCGUGGUGCGCCCGGCGACGACGAGCACGAGUACCACGACCUCUGCGACCUAUCCUGAGUAAAAACGUCCCCACCCCAUAGUUGUCAUGCAGAUUUUCGAUUAUAGGAAGACUUGUAAUGCGCAUCUCCGUGAGAGGCCUUUCCAAUCGCGUUUUGGAAUUUGUAAUGGUGUAAACGGGAUAAGCAGAUGGAUUUGUGAUGCGGCUGCACUUGCUAAACUGCACUACAAUACGGACUGGAAUUUGUCAUGCGUGGCUCCCAAAACCUCUGGGUUUGUUUGUAUCGCUAAGUUCCCAAUUUGAUUAUGGCGUGGGGACGUUUUUCCAUAUGAUACGACCCUUGUGGAAAUCACCGCGCCCGAGGCCGACCUAUCCGGCGAAAUGGCGCUGGCGUCGUUGACGGAGGCCGGGACCGUGACCGACUACCUCGCCGUGCCCAACGACCCGAGCCAGGCAAACGAUAACGUGGACGCCGACUGCAGCUUCGGUUCCGGGCACCAGGCGCAGUUCCGCAUGGUGGUGCGGGUGGCUAGCGGGGCCACCGAGGAGGUCAAGCUGUUCGCCGCGAUGCGCGCCGACGACAACAAUAGCGACGUCGGCAGCGACGACAGUUUCUGCUUUAAGGUGACGGACCGGGACGGGACCGUCCUCGGGACGCGGAAGCUGAUGCUGGCCCCCAGCUCUUCGGUGCGGAGCGACCAGUGGAUCGAGAGCCAGGUUUUUGACCAGCCCAUCGACUGCCCGACGGGCAUCAACGUCGUCACCGUCGGGGCACGGGAGCGGGGCACGUGGCUGAGCAAGCUACGGCUGUCGACGGUGACGAACCCCGCGAAUUUUCUCCGGAAACCGGGGUAUUUUCUCGCGGACGCCAUGCAGAGCUGCGACGAGAAGUGCGCGAACCUCGGGUUGCCCUGCAACGCCGACCAGGCCACCUCGGCGGAGCAGGCGAACUUCGAACUGUUGCUGCCCGGGGGGGCUUAUGCAUUGCAAAAGCAUCGUACUAGUAUAAAUCGCAUUACAAAUACAAAUUUUCUCAGCAUGAAAAAUUGAAUUUGUCAUGCUGUUUUACCUUGGAAAGAAAAUUUGUCGUGCAUAACUGCAAUUAGUACGAGUGCGAUACUUUUGCAAUGCAUGGGGCUACGUGCGCGUCCGUCGCGGAGGCGACGGUGAUCACGACCGGGGUCGGAGCCGGCAAUAUCCUGUGCAAAAGUUCCGUACUCAUAUUGCAAGCAUGCAUUACAAAUCCUUUUGUUAAGGGAAAUCCGCAUUACAAAUUCUAUUUCUCAUGCUGAGGAAAUUUGUAAUGCAUCUAUACGAGUGCGAUACUUUUGCAGUUCAUAGGCAACCAGGUUCUCGCGCCCUACGCGACGCAAGACCCCGCGGACCAGAGCUGGGCGUGUUACAAAUUUUCGCCCGCGCUGCAGACCGCGGGACUGCGGUCCGUGUGCGGCGCGAAGGCGCCCGCGCAGGCCGACCUGCAGCGGGUGUGCUACUGCGGCAGCGCCAACAUGCGCUUCAUCGGAGACGCGGUGCGGAGUCCCGUCGACCCCGAGCAGUUUAGUGCGCGCACCUGGACCAACCGGGACGAUUUGAAGGUGGCCUGUCUGGAGAACGGGUCGCUGAGCGGGGCGGACCUGUGCCCGGCUAGCAACGUCUUCAACCGUGAGUUCACAAACCGCGGGGCGGAGGAAAUUGGAAACAGCUACGACAAGGCGAACUUAGACGCGGGGAGCCUGGUCUGCUUCCACACCGGCUACAAAACCUCCGCCUCCAGCACCGACGUUCCCUUCUGGCGCGUCGAGUGGACGGGCAGCACGAACGGCAACUGGACCUCGUUCGCCCGGCCGGUUGCCGGCUUCGAGCUCUUCGCCAACGACGACGCGUACGACGCCCUGCCAGCAACCCUGGAAGUGUUCUUCGACGAUGAGCCCACCGCUGCCUUCACGAUUGCGGGGUCCUCCAUUUCCUCGACGGGCACGUACGUCGAGCUUCCCGCGAACCGCACAGAGUGGAAGAGCAUGAAGCUUGCGAUGCGCGACGGCGAUACGACCCCUACGUCGUUUUUUUCCUUUUGCGGGAUCCACUUCUACGCUGGUCCGGACACGACGCCGCUCCGCCUCACCCCGUAUUCGAACCACCUGUACCUCGCUGCCAGUUUGCAGAGUUGCGACGACACCUGUGCGGAGUACAAUUUGCCGUGCAACAGCGAGGAGGUGACCGGGUUCGCAGAAGCGGACCUGUCGACCAACGUGGGAAAUAAUCUGGGGGUCACAUGCACGGAGACCGACGAAGCGGGCCGCACGGAAAAUUUUGCGCCCUACGUGCAGGUCUACACCGCGCCGGCCGUGACUCUGGUGGAGCGGGGGAGAGAAGAAAAACAAGAAGAAGAAGGCACUAUGCAACUACAUCAACAACAACAUCAUGAAGAAAAAUCAGGUGCGGACGCGGGAAAAAUAAGACAGAAAAUAACAUCAACUACGAGUGCAAUAAGAAGAAGCUCUCUCGCAGAAGCAGCGAGCAAGGCCGCCGGGGGCCACCGGUGUUCCGCCUUCAACGCGACCGCAAGACAGGCCGGGAUUUACAGUAGCUGCAGCGCGAAGAGCACCGUCCCAGCCCACCGGCGCGUGUGCUACUGCGGCGGCAGUGCGAUGCGCAUGUUCGAGGGAAGGCAGCUCAACCCGAUCAGCUUGUCUCGCUUCACCGGUGUAUCAACUGCAAAAAUGUCUGGGUCUGGAAGAUUGCAACUUGUCAUGCUGUUUUUGGAUUCUAAAAAAAUUUGCAUUGCAUGACCAGCAAGAGGGGUACAAUUUGUGCUACACGGAAAGGACAUUUUUCAUGCGGAAGGUGCAUCAGGAAACACUCUAAAAGUCUGCGAUGCUAGGUCAUGCAUUACAGGCAUCAUGGGUCAUGAGAAAUAUGCAUGACAAAUCGCGCAUUCUUCCAGACCCAGACAUUUUUACAUUUGAUACGAUGCUACUUUUGACAAUUCGGGGACGGAGAACAAUUUUCUCAACCGCACCUUCGCGGACCGGGCCCUUUACAGCGCGGAUACCGCGGCGGGCGAAGAGGCCUGUGUCGUGUUGGGGCAGGGCGGGGGCGCGUGGUUUCGCGUCGAGUUUGCCGUGUCUGUUAGCCCACCGGCGUGGGCGACGGCGUUCGUUGGUGGAGCAGAUGAAACGAUUAAUCCCUUGCUGUCUGAAUAUGUGCACGGCUUCGAGAUUUGGUGCGACGCAACCGCGGGAUUUUCGUCGCUGUACGAGGCGGACCUGUUUUUCGAUGAUGAGUUAGAGCCCUCGAUGCAGCUCCCGGCGGACGAUGCUCUUGCUGGAAACAAUUUUGACCCGAUUUUCGUCACUGUCCAGCGGAGGUUUCGCUCCCUGAAGAUCCAAAACAACAACUCCCCGGACCUGAUGCGGUUUUGCGGCAUCCAUUUUUACGCCGGCGCGGACCCAACCACAACGUCGACGACGUCUCCUCCACCUGUGGAGGAAGAACUAUCCGGGUACCGACUUGCGCAGGAGCUGGAAAGCUGCGACGAGGCGUGCGCGGUGGACGAGUUGCCCUGCAACAGUGCGGAGACGAGCCGAAUUUUCGAUGACACCACAUCCUCGUCGCAACCGAACGAAACCUUUAACUUCGAGUAUUACAAUGAAAAAUGCCCCCACCCCCAAACUUGCAAUAAUUUGUGAUGCGAAGUUUCCAAAUGAAAUCUUUUUGUUAUGCAUGAAAGGAGUAUGAAUCUCUCUGAUGGAUGCAGAGCCUAAGCGUAUAUCGCAUUGCUUGCAUGACAAGCGCCGCUCUUGCUGGGAGCUUUUGCAAUACAGAUUUUUGCUAUUCACGAUUGGAAAUCUGUGAUGCUGAUAGAUCCAAGAGGGCAAGUGUUUCGUUUGGAAAGGUUUGCAAUACAAAUGCUCCCAAGUUCAGGGGUGGGGGCGUUUUUCAUUGUAAUAUCGAGGCCGCGAACGUUACCUGCGACGCGAACGAGACCGCAAAACGCGAAGCCGCCUUUGCGCCGUACUUGGAGAUGGAUGUGGAGGCCGACGGCGUCACGGAAUUGCUCCGCUGCUACCAGUUCAGCAACGACACCUUUGCCGUCGGCUACCAGUCGGUUUGCUCCGCGAAAAGCGCAAGUAACAAACACAAACGCCUGUGCUUCUGCGGGGGAAAGUUCAUGCGGAACCUGACAAGCAAGCUCCUGUUGCCGAUCGACAAUAGUCUCCUCACGGCCACGCAACUCGGAAACUACUCCAGUUUUUCGAACGCCAGCAACUUCCAGAACCGCCCGUUUACGUUUCGCGACCCGGUAAACGACGGGGCGGUUGCGCUGCGGAACUUGGUCUUUGGGGGAGAAGCCGGGGCGGGAUCUUACUGGCGCGUGGAGUGGAAGAAGCCAGUAACGCCGGCGUGGGCUUCCGGGUCAGACUUCGCAGUGUUUCAGUCGUGGUACGUGGAGGGCUUCGAGCUGUGGCCGCACGGGGAGAACAGCACCUCCAAGAUCGGCGGGAGCAGUGUGUAUUUCGAUGACGAGGGGGACCCGUCGCUGGUGCUGCCGCAAGAUCCGCUGAUGUUCAACGGAGUGUAUGUUCCAGUGCAACGAUAUGGAAGCGUCAGAACCGAAAUUGACAAGGUUGAGAAAGUUUGUAAUGCAUAUGAGUGCAAGGCAUGAGAUACCUGUCUUGCAGAGAUGGCAAAUGAGACGGAUUGUAAGCCUCGUUAGGACUAGAGAUAGAGUUGCGAAAGUAGCACGACAGAAGCAGCCCUCUUUGCCCAAACAGCAUGACAAACUGCAAUUUGGUCGUUUUACCGAAAUUUGUCAUGCGCCACCUAGCAACCGGGUUCCAACUGGUUAUCCAUUUUAUGCAUGGCAAAUUACUCCAACUUUGUCAAUUUCGAUCCUGGCCCUUUAAUAAACGAAGGUUCCGGUCCAUGAAAAUCCAAAACGACAAAACAGAAAACCCGCUCGUGUUGACCGGCAUCUUUUUCUACGCGGGCAUGUAUGCAUUGCAAAUAUGUCUGGGUCUGGAAGAUUGCAACUUGUGAUGCUAAAUCUGAAUCAUGCAAAAAUCUGUGUUGCAUGAGUACGAAACGUUGUCCUCUUUCGACCAAGUUGCGGGGGAGUUUCUCAUGCGGGAUAGGCAUGAUAGAGACCUCACAGAAUCUGUCAUGCUAGGUUCCGCAUUCCAGGCCUCAUGGGUCAUGGAAAACCUGCAUGGCAAACCUUGCAUCCUUCCAGACCCAGACAUUUUUGCAUUUGAUAGCAUGGACCCGACUACCACCAGCACCACGACAACCACCACGCUGCUGGACUUGUCCGGGUUCUACCUGGCCUCCGCACUGCAGAGCUGCGACGACCGGUGUGCCGAACUUGCGCUCCCGUGCAGUGUAUGCAAUGCAAAUAUGUCUGAGGCUGGAAAGAACGUGUGAUGCUAAAUUACGGAUGAGGCUUGUGCUUUCAAAUGCAGCCAAGCAUGACAAGUUUCGUUGACGCUGUCUGAUGCGUAGCACUCGUGACAAACUGCGUCUUUGCAUGACGAAAAAGCAACGCCUUUGCUGGCUGUGCAACACAGAUUUUUCAGGAAUGCUAGACAUGCAACACAAGUCCCACUUUUCCAGACCCAGACAUAUUUGCAUUCGAUACAGCAGCCUCCGGACCACGGUGACCAGCGCCACGUCGGGCAGUCUCGCCAAGCUGAACAAUGCCAAUAUCCUGAGUAAAAACGUCUCCACCCCAGCAGAGUUGUCAUGCAGACGUGCAAUGACAGUAUACAUUUGUAAUGCGCAGCUCCGUGAGAGGCAUUGAUUUCCAACCGUAUUUUGGAAAAAUUUGUAAUGCUGUAAACAGGAGGACAAAAUGGCUUUCUCGUGCGGCUUCCCUUGCCAACCAGCACUACACUGCAGGGGGAAGCUUGUCAUGCACAGCUCCAAUAACUUGGAGAUUUGUGUUGGUAGAUUCCCAACUUGACUAUACUGGGGACGUUUUUACACAGGAUAGCCAAGCCCGCUACCUUAACCACCUCGUGCGACGCCGUGACGGAAGACGCGACGGACUACUUCUCUUUCGUAUCAACUGCACAUAUGUCUGGGCCUGGAAGAGUGCCAGACUUGUCAUGCAGGUUUUCCAUGACCCAUGAGGUCUGGCAUGUAGGACAUAGCAUGACAGAUUCUGUGAUAGUUCUAUGAUGCCUAUAAUGCAUGAGAAACUGUGUCUCGGUUAGGUCACAAGUACACAGCUUUUGGUAACAAAGCAACACAGAUUUUUACAUGAUUCAGAUUUAGCAUGACAAGUUCCAACGUUGUUCCAGACCCAGACAUAUUUGCAAUGCAUAUUUCGCACCCUUCUACGAGGCGGAUGCGGACGACGGGUCGUGGAAGUGCGUCCAGUUCUAUGACAGUGCACAACUCCCCCUCAUUCUCAUUUCUCAUGCAAAACACCAACUCCACACUUUCCCUCCUGUCACUAUUAUGCAUGACAAGUUCUGGUAGCCCAGAGCCAGAUAGCACUCUACUCGAGUGCAAAUUUGUCAUGCAAAACCGGCAUUCUUGCUUAUGCUUGUGUUGCCGUUCAUGCGAUACAAAUGAGGGGGCGGGGGGGUUGUGCACUGUUAUAAGUUCCCACUCGCGGAAUUCGCCAAGGGUUUUCGGUCCCGCUGCGACGCUAUCAAAUGCAAAAAUGCCUGGGUCUGGAAGAUUGCGAGAUUUGUCAUGCUUGUCUGGCAUGAGCAAAAAGUUUGUGAUGCGUGUUCAAGAAGAGACCUUUUUGCCUGUCAUGCAAAAACGCAGUUUGUCAUGCGAAAAACGCAACACAAAGAAGCGCAGAUAUUUCUCAUGCUUGCCUGUGCAUCGCAGAGCAUUCACUAUUCCCAACGCAGCAUUACAAGUUUCCAGACCCAGACACUUUUGCAGUUGAUAGACGCCGUCAGCCCCAACGACCUGCGCCAGCGGCUCUGUUUCUGUGGGGGCGACGAGGUGCAGAGCUUCCCGAACUUCGUAUUACAGUGAAAAAUGCCCCCACCCCCAAAGUUGCAAAAAUUUGUGAUGCGAAGUUUCCAAAUGAAAACUUUUUGCCAUGCAUGAAAGGAGUAGGAAUCUUUCUGAUGCAGAUUCUCGGCGUGUAUCGCAUCGCUUGCAUGACAAGCGCCACUCUUCCUGGGGUCUUUUGCAAUACAAAUUUUUGCUAUUCACGAUUGGAAACCUGUGAUGCUGAUAGAUGCAAGACGGCAAACGUUUCAUUUUUAAAGGUUUGCAAUACAAAUGCUCCCAAGUUCGGGGGGGGGGGGCGUUUUUCAUCGUAAUACUUCGGCACACUAGCCCCUCUGGACGGGUCGCAGUUCACCGCGAAACAGGGCCCGGAAAGCAAGGAGGACGGGGACUGCGCGGGCCCCGUGUGCGGGGCGGACAACGUGUUGAAACGGACCUUCGACAACCGCGAAGGGCGGGGCAUCGAGGAGUCGUACGACCAGCUUCCGGUGGAAGACCGGGUCUGCUGUCACAGCGACGUCGGCGCCAGUUCCGGCGGGCAGCAGCAGCAGCUUCCGUUUUGGCAGGCGGACUUCAAGGCGGCGCAGGAGGAGAAUUGGCCCUAUUUCGAGCAGCUGGUCGCCGGCUUCGAGAUUUUCGCCCGAAACACGUCGAUCGGCAACGUCCCGUCCACGGGCGCGUUGCAGGGCGCCGAGGUAUUAAAUGCAAAUUUGUCUGGGUCUGGGACGAGAGUCCAACUUGUCAUGCAGACCCUGGAUCACGCAAAAAUUUGUGUUGCGUGAGCGCCAAAACUAUGUUCACUUUUUGCCAGAAGACUAGCGAGUUUCUCAUGCAGGACAGGCAUCAAGGGACCUGAUCAAAACUUGGAAUGCUUUCCGUGCAAUCCAGGGCAUCCGUGUGGUCCGAAAGAUGCAUGACAAACUCCCGCACUCAUCCAGACCCAGGCGUAUUUGCAUUUGGUACGAGGUGUGGUUUGACGACGACAGCAAUUUUACCUUCAAGCUCCCGGACGACGUCAACAGCAAGGACACAGGCACCUGGGUGCCGUUUCCCACCAACCGGACCUUCAAAUCGAUGCGGAUUCAGGCGGCGGCCGGAUCCGUGGCGACGGGGUUAUCGUUCUGCGGCAUCUUCUUUUAUCAGGGGACCACCGGGAGUUCGGUGGAGAUCACGACCACGACCACCACCUCGACGACGACGACCACCACCACCACGACCACCACGACGCUGAUGCUCGCCACGCGGGAAUUCGAGCAGUAUUUAUGCAUUGCAAAUGUCAUGAUCCGGGUUUGGAAAAGUGAAACUUGUAUUGCUUGGCUUGCAUUCCUGUAAAAACUGUGUUGCAGCAUGACCAACAAAAGCGCGACCUUUUGCUUCGUGCAAAAACAAAAACGCAGGUUGUAAUGCGCCUCAUGCAGUACUAAAGGAAAGCGUCCAACAUCAAAAUAUGUGUCAUGCUUGGCUCCACUAGCGAGGGUCGUGUUCAAUUAUGGCCAUUCAGCAUCACAAAUUUCCAGACAUUCGGGGAUAUUCGUAAUGCAUAGUAUUUGACUUUGGACAACGACGUGAACGGGGUGGAUAAGGAUAUUUUGGUAGCGGACCCCACGAUGCUGUCCUCCGUAGCCGAGGGAAUUUUGUUCUUCCUCGAAAACGAGCUCGGAAUUCAGGGUCUGGCUGUUUCGCAGAUUGAGGACCCCAGUAUCACCAUUCUGUCCACAGCCGAGGCGCCGCCGAGGCCUAAGGGCUACGACCCCUUCAACAGCGGCGGCGUCACGCUGCUGCAAACUGAUGUUGGUCGACGUGAGGGAGACAUUAGAAAGAGCCGGAUAGGUUUAGAGAAUUCUGGUCCACCACCACCACCACCUCCCCGCGCAGCUCGUCCAAGAACUAGCACGGAAGAAAGGGAAAAAGCAACUACCGAAAGUGGAGCUUUCAGUUCGGUUGUGCCAGAACAUGAAAGAACCAAGGCAGAGGAGGUCGUCGCAGUCGUACAAAGGAGCGAGGAUAGCGAAGAUGAAGCACCACCGGCAUUAGCGACAGCAGUGGAAAUAAAGAGAUCAAGCAAGCGAACGGCUGCAGAAGAUCUCCAUCGUCUCCCACCGACGAGAGAUAAAAGCUCUGUGAAAAGCAGGUCGAGUAGAGGUCGCAACACGGGGAGUACAGCAAAUGAAGCAGAAAGCACAGGAAGCACUGCUGCAGUGGCUCUUGCACAACGAGACACGAGAAAGAGUAGUGUCAAAGGUGGAACAAGAAAAACAACUGUUACGUCGUCGCUUUCAACGAGAACAUCAAGAACAUCUCAACUACACGAUCUUGAAACCGCCGAAAUAGCAAAGCGACGGCGACGAGGGGUGCUAGUCUUACAGUUGUACACGGAGUUUGGGCUGCGGGGUCGCAAUGACACGAUUCACGCCUUUGACCAGGAGUGGUCGGCAGAUCAAGGCCUCACUAUUGCGCAGGAGGAAACGCUCAGGGACAACGUGAACAACGCGACCAAGAACGCGGGGAUAAACGGAGUGAGGCUGUUGGGUUUCACUGAAGCGAUGAUCAUCGCUACGGGGUCGCUUUCCAUCUGGAUGGGAAACCCGCUCAUGGCGAACGGCCCGAUGCCCGCCUCCUCCUACGCGGGGUGGCCCAGUCUGGACACGUUCCCCGAGGUCGAAAUCUUGCCGACCGCGGUCCGGCUGUCGACCACGUUUAGCGACGAGACCGUGGCUGUGCAGUGUGUGGAUAACAACACGCUUGCUCCCGACAGCUUCUGCCAGACCAACCCGGAGGUGGCGCCCUUUCUCGAGCUGGAUUUCGGGCGGCGGCUCCCCAUCACGCGCGUUCAGGUGUUCGCGAAGUCUAAACUUUGCGCCCGGGUGUUGUAUGCAUUGCAAAUAUUUUUUUAUUGUCUGUGGUGGAUCUGGAAAUAAGUUGUUAUGCUGUCGUGUAGGUGCGGAUCGAUAACAAGCACACGCCAGAAGUUUGCGAAACAGCUCUUUGUUGGCUACUGCGCAUGAUAACAAAUCCCGUUUAUUAGAAUUUUGCACAUACAAAGACAAACAAGCAUCGCUCUUGCGCAAGACGCAUCACAGAUUCCGGUGCUGUCCUGGUAGCCCAGCAUUACAAGGUUUUCCAAACUCCGCCCAGAUCGAUGUUUGCAAAAAUGCAUAUGCUGUUUGUAGCGCGCAACGAGUCUUUCUCCGAACCGAUUCCGAACGCCACCGAGUUGGAGACCGACUGCCAGGAAGACUGGGUGGCCAACGCGAAUCUCGUGGUCGGGGUGUCCAACUCGGAGUGCCAGUACGCCACCGAGCACGAGGUGCCGGGCCGCGGACACGGGUGCCAACGGCGGUACAAGCAGGCGCCGUUUCGCCGGUCGAAAAUGGACAAUUACGAGUGCAGCGUGCCCCUCUCGUUGAACAGCAACGAUCCCUGGCUGUUUGGCUACGAGGGCGACGGUAUCAAAUGUAAAAAUGUCUGGGUCGUGAAACUUGUGAUGCUGUGUGGCGUAUCAUGAGGAGGCCACAAUUGCUGGCUCAGCAUGACAAGUUUCUGAGCUUCUAGGUGUUGCCUAUUCUGCAUGACAAACUACGUUUCUGCAUGACACAAAAGUGGGGCUCUUUGGUAAUGUGCAUGACAGAUUUAAGAGUCAUGCCAGACAAGCAUGACAAACACAAACUUGCAUUCUUCCCGACCCAGACAUUUUUACACUUGAUAGACGGGACCAUGAACACGCGCCGAUUCGAUUUCGACUGCAAAACGCGGAUAUCACAUGCAAAAUGUCUGGGUCUGGAACAAAGCAACUUGUCAUGCUAAAUCUGAAUCAUGUAUAGGAUCUGUGUUGCACGAUUACCAAAAGCUGUCCACUUUUGACCGAAUCGAGAGGCAGUUUCUCAUGCAGGAUAGGCAUGAUAGAACUCUCACAGAGUCUGUCAUGCUAUGCCCUACAUGCCAGACCUCAUGGGUCAUGAAAAACCUGCAUGACAAGUCUGGCAGUCUUCCAGGCCCAGACAUUUUUGCAGUUGAGAGCGGAUCGCGCGCUACUUGUGGGUGGAGCUCCCCCCCGUUUACGAGGACCGGGCCCGCUGGCUGGCGUUGAACGAGGUUCGCGUUUUUGGCCGGCCGUAGGGAGAACGCGGGUAGAAGUGUAGCGUUCUUCUCGCGCGUCAUUUUCAAUCAUCCAGUACUCGAAGUAAAAACUCGGGGUGGUGAUAAUAAAGAUGGCGGUAUCACUUAAAAUGUUUCAACGAGCAGCUUCUGUGAAGGGAGUAGAAACGCAUUGGUAUUUUUUCAUUCGCCUGCUUUCUGUGAAAGCGGCGAUGACGCUCCGAGGUAGCAGCUAGUGCAACGCUGCAUCCCAGAACAGUUUAUUUCCAAGAACAAUUCAAUACGCUUCCAUUUUCGGAGGUUUCGUUUCGUAUUUGGUUUCAUGUUCAUUUCAGCUUCACAGCAAACGUGGCUGAGGUCGUCGUUCCUAUGGCACGUUUGUAACAUAUUUUCUGAUUUCUACUGUAGGUUUAUAAUGGCUUUGGUAGUUCAACUUACUACGUAGGAGUCAACAGUUGGGUUUCGUAUGUUUCCACAUUUUGGCGUGUAGACGAAUUUGUAGUAAAUUUGCACAGAUAAAGUUGUCCAAUAGCAGCUUCCUGCAAGAAGUGUGGGAGGAAAGAGCGCAGCGAAAGUUGGAUUUUGCGACUUUACAGAUUCGAUUUCCUCGACAGCGGCUGACUGCCCUUGUACUUUUUUUCAAAAGAAAAAGACGGAACGGAGCAACGCUUUUCCGAUCGGUAAACACAAUGUAAAAAUGCAGAGGCUGUUUGAUGUGUUAGGGGCCUGCACGACCACGAC